ACGGCGACGUCAUGCGUAGCACAUGUGACGUAAUCACGCAAAGUACGUAUGCCAAUGUAUCCGGAAGUGGGAACGCCGGACUGUCAUUCCCGUCUGUGUGCCCACUCGUGUUAUUUCCACGUUGUGUACGACGUUAAAGUUGGACUUUUAUGUGGAAACUUAAAUGGUAACUUAAAGUUGCGGCGAGAAAACGGCUGAUAAUGAACUCUCAGGACGUACUGAAGAAAGCGUCCACUCUGGCGUCGUACAAUGUCUUGCUACAGGUGAUGUUCCGUGUGCUCACCUUCCUGUUGAACGCCUUCACUCUUCGCUUUGUUUCCAAAGAAUUGAUCGGGGUGGUGAACGUCAGGCUGACCCUCCUCUACUCCACCCUGGUGUUUUUAUCCAGAGAAGCUUUCAGGAGAGCGUGUCUGAGUGGCGAUACGGGGGGGAAGCACAACUGGAGACAGCUGGUCACCCUGCUAUGGAUGACGUUGCCUCUUGGUGUCAUCUGGGGAGUGCUGCUGGCUUGCGUGUGGCUCUGGUUCCUGGAGGUCCCGGAUCCUCAAACGGUUCCUUUCUACGGCCCCUCCGUGGUGUUGUUCGCCCUCGCGGGGGUCCAGGAGCUCCUGGCCGAGCCCCUGUGGGUGCUGGCCCAGGCCCACAUGAUGCUUCGACUCAAGGUGGUGGCAGAAAGCUUGGCCAUGCUGGCCAAGUGCAGCCUCACGGUGGUGCUGGUGGUGUCGGCUCGGGAGUGGGGGCUUUACAUCUUCUCCACUGCUCACCUGGUGUACACGGGAGUGCUGGUGCUCUGCUACGCCGGAUACUUUCUUCGCUUUUUGGGGUCUGAAGAGGCCACCAAGAGGGAUUUUCCUCUACGCAGUGUUGGAGAUCUGCUUCCCCACAGAGCCAAUGGAGAGCCGCUGGUGGAUGGAAGCGUGGCCCGGCUCACCUGGAGCUUCUUCAAGCAAUCCUUCCUCAAGCAGAUCCUGACGGAAGGCGAGCGCUACGUCAUGACCUUCCUGAACGUCCUGAGCUUCGGGGAGCAGGGCGUCUACGACGUGGUCAACAAUCUGGGCUCCACGGUGGCCCGCUUCGUCUUCCUGCCCAUCGAGGAAAGCUUCUACAUCUUCUUUGCCAAAGUUCUGCAGCGAGGGCGCCCUGUCCAAAGUCAGAGAAAGGAAGAUGUUGCCAUGGCGGCAGAGGUGCUGGAAUGUCUACUGAAGCUGGUGCUGGUGGUUGGACUCGUCAUCGCAGUGUUUGGACACGCCUACUCUGCCCUGGCGCUGGACAUCUACGGUGGCUCGCUGCUGAGUAGCGGAGCAGGUCCUGGUCUGCUGCGAUGCUACAGCUGCUACGUCCUCCUGCUGGCUGUGAACGGCGUGAGCGAGUGUUUUGUGUUCGCCGCCAUGAGCCAGGAAGAGGUGGACAAGUAUAACGUGGUGAUGCUGGCGCUGUCUGCGUCGUUCCUGUUGCUGUCCUACAUGCUGACGUGGUGGGCGGGGGGGGUGGGCUUCAUACUGGCCAACUGCCUCAACAUGGCCCUGCGCAUCUCGCACAGCGUCCUGUACAUCCACCGCUACUUCCUGUCCAGUCCGUGGAAACCCCUGCGAGGCCUGCUGCCCUCGCCGCCGCUGUGCGUGGCGCUCGCCGCCAGCGCGGUGGUCACGGUCGUUAGUGAGGGCGUCUUCUGCUGUGCCAGCGGGUGGCUCCUCAGGGUGGUCCACGUCGGCGUGGGGGCGCUAUGCCUCGCUUUUGUGCUUUUAGCCGUUCUUCUUACAGAAAGGCGACUUGUGGCAUUUGUGAGGACGCAGCUUUUACCCCAGUAUGGGAAAAAACACACGUAGCGCCCGAGUCAACUUCUCUUUCAUGGACGCCAGUGCGGUACAGUAUGGGAACGUGUGGCGAUGCUACGCCCUCAUAGGACUCUUCAUUCAUUCUCCCAUUUCAUUAGGAUGUCUAAAGUAGUCUGUGUCCAGCUUGUACAGCAGUGUGGAUUAUACUGGCCACAGGCGGCACUCGUGCAGCCCCAGACUGUAGGCAGUAUGGUGCCUACGUGAGAAGAUACACUAUCAUACUGAUACUACUACUGUAGUACAAUGUACGAUGUAUCGCACACGGCAUCAGCAUAGCUAGUGGCUGGUGAGUGUAUGAUCAUUGUUUUAAUAUUUGAAUCUGUGACUUGAGAUAUUCACAGUACAGUAAAAUGAUGAGUAUGUGUAGUACUGCGUGAUGAAGUAUCACGGCCCAUGGUCAGUUGAUUUCUUUGAUCAACUGUGGACAAAUUGAAGGGUUAUUUAGCCUUUUUAUUGAAAAUACCAUUUUAUAGGAGACGCACUCUGUGAAUGUUCUGAACUCUUGUUUCCAUGCUGGGGUUAGCUUUUAGCUGAGGUUAUGUACUAGUAUGGUUUAUAUGUUUAUGUACUAGUUCUUAAGACAGCAAAUCCACAGCGCCCCUGCUGGACUACAACAGGUACUGCUAAGCCUUCUCACAUCAGGUCGUGUUCAUGCUGCUUGUUUUAAUAAAUUGAAUAUUUUUGUAGGGAUGGCAAAGAAAACUUUGGAAUCUUCAAAACACAUUUUAUUCUUUCAUGAGCUUUACACUCCUAUUACCCAACAUAGAGAAAAAUACACAUUUAGGACAUGGGAAACCUGUUUACCACCUUCUAUAUACACUUUUUAUUGUUAUUAGAGCUCCUGUAGACAUGAAAUAACACCCCUAUAGUCACCCUUCCACUCCUUUUACCCAAUAUAGUAGACUUAACAAGAGAAAAUUACACAUUUAAGACAUAGAAAACAUAUUUACCACCUUCUAUAUACACUUUUAUUGUUAUUAGAGCUCCUGUUGACAUGAAAUAACACCCCUAUAGUAAUCUUUACACUCCUAUUACCCAAUAUAGUAGACUUAACAAGAGAAAAUAAGACAUUUAAGACAUGUAAAACCUGUUUACUACCUUAAAUGUGCUUUUUAUUCUUAUUAGAGCUCCUGAAGACAUGAAAUAACACCCCUAUAGUAAUCUUUACACUCCUAUUACCCAAUAUAGUAGACUUAACGAGAAAAUAAGACAUUUAAGACAUGGACAACCUGUUUACUACCUUAAAUGUGCUUUUUAUUGUUAUUAGAGCUCCUGUAGA